GAUCCAGAGAACACCGGUUUCAUCGCAGUGGAGAACUUCACCAACCUGGUGGAGCACCAUGAGCUGCAGCUGGACCCGUCCAAACUGGACAUGCUGUUCGCUUUGGUCCAGAGCAAUGAAGAAGGACAGGUCUGCUACCAGGAGCUCAUUGAGCUGAUGAGCAGUAAGCGCUCCAGCAGUUUCCGUCGGGCCAUUGCCAAUGGCCGCCGCACGCUGCAGAGGGAGAUCCUGCUGGACGAGACGGGCCUGGGCGUCUACAAACGCUUCGUGCGCUACGUGGCCUACGAGAUCCUGCCCUGUGAGACCGACCGGCGCUGGUACUUCCACCAGAACCGCCUGUGCCCGCCGCCGGUCUUCAUGGCCAUCGUCACCAUUGUCCAGAUCAUUGUGUUUAUGUGUUACGGGGUCAUGCUGAACAAGUGGGUUCUGCAGACCUACCAGCCCGACUUCAUGAAGAGUCCCCUGGUUUACCAUCCGGGCCACCGGGCUCAAGUGUGGCGGUUCUUCAGCUACAUGUUCAUGCAUGUUGGGUUGGAGCAGCUCGGUUUCAAUGCUCUCCUCCAGCUGAUGAUCGGCGUCCCGCUGGAAAUGGUCCAUGGCAUCUUACGGAUAAGUCUGCUGUACAUGGCAGGAGUCGUGGCGGGUAAGCGUCAACGAGAGGACCCCGGUGGUCGGUGGAACUAUGGGGCUAAUAGGGGCAUCCUGGUGGUUCACCCUAAUCCUGAGGAUAACUGGGCCGGGAUGCGCUGUCCAUACAAGCUGCUCCGUAUGAUCCUGGCACUGGUCUGCAUGAGUUCGGAGGUGGGACGAGCUGUCUGGCUGCGCUUCUCCCCACCCCUGCCCUCCUCGGGGCCCCAGCCCAGUUUCAUGGCACACCUUUCGGGGGCCGUGGUGGGCAUCAGCAUGGGGUUGCUCAUCCUGCGCAGCUACGAGGAGAGCCUGCAGAAGCAGUGCUCCUGGUGGGUCAUCAUCUUCUCCUUCAUCACUUUCCUCCUCUUCGCCAUCUUCUGGAACAUAUUUGCCUACGAGCUGCUCGGCGUGCAGAUCCCGCCCCCUCCCUGA